GGCGGUUUAAAACAGCGCUCGUCAAUGUCAAAAUGAUUGAGAUGGCCAAUCAAAUCAGAGAAGGCGGGCUUUACUCUUCACUUAAACCAAUAAGAGCGGGAAUCGAUGCUUCUGUUGUAACGGUCAAGGUAAUGACCAGGCAUAGAACCAACCCUGGAGAUGCCGAAGAGAAGAGAUAUUCUUGCCAUCGUGUUAAUUGUGUUACCAUGGACCCUCCUCAUCACUGUGUGGCACCAAAGUGCAAUUGCUCCCCUGCUUGCCAUCCGAAAGGUCUGUCGCCAUCUAGUAAAAGAGAUCUUAAUCAUACCAGAGCGACUAACCAUCCACCGACAACGGCUAGCAGAUGACGGGACGGAGACUAGGCAUGAGACCGGCCCAGCCACGGACUCAAAGGAAUACUGCUCACAAGACAAGGACAUAGUGGAGGUGGUCCGUACAGAAUAUGUGUACACAAGACCUCCGCCCUGGUCCGAUGUAUUGCCCACCAUUCACGUCAUUACCCCGACAUACAGCCGCCCGGUGCAGAAGGCAGAGCUAACACGAUUGGCCAACACCUUCCUCCAUGUGCCCAACCUGCACUGGAUCCUGGUGGAGGACUCUCAGAGGAGAACCCCUCUGGUCACGAGGCUUCUGAGGGAAACAGGGCUGAACUACACACACCUCAAUGUGGAGACCCCACGGAACUACAAGCUGCGAGGGGACACGAGAGAUCCCAGGAUUCCACGUGGCACCAUGCAGAGGAACCUGGCUCUGAGAUGGCUACGGGAGACUUUCAACUCCAACAGCAGCCAGGCGGGAAUCGUCUACUUUGCAGAUGACGAUAAUACGUACAGUUUAGAGCUGUUUGAGGAGAUGCGAUCAACUCGUAAAGUGUCGGUGUGGCCUGUAGCGUUUGUUGGAGGUUUACGGUACGAGUCUCCAAAGGUUAAUGCAGCAGGAAAAGUAUAUGGCUGGAAAACAGUAUUCGACCCUCACCGGCCCUUUGCCAUCGACAUGGCAGGGUUUGCCAUCAACCUGCGGCUCAUUCUGUUUAAGCCUCAGGCCUACUUCAAGUUACGAGGGGUGAAGGGAGGCUACCAGGAGAGCAGCCUGCUCAGAGAGCUGGUCACUCUCAAUGACCUGGAACCCAAAGCGGCCAACUGCACUAAGAUUCUUGUGUGGCACACACGGACGGAAAAACCUGUCCUGGUGAAUGAAGGCAAGAAAGGCUUCACAGACUCAAACGUGGAGAUCUGACAUCUGCUUCAACAUCGGGAUGCUUCCAGCAGGACCCAAAAGGGAAAGGCAGGGAGUUAUUACCAACUACCAACAUUUUUGAACAGUUUGGAUGUAUUUUCCUGUAAACCACACCUAAAUGAGCUCAACAACAUGGACCUAUUAUUCUAAAGCACAGAUAAGUCUUUUUUUAAAGGCAAUAUCGUCAGUAUUUUGCGCGAACAAAACCAGUGGGCACUAGCCACGCAGAGACUGAAAGAAAAUUGUGAUGUAUAUUGAUGAGGGAACAACUGUUCUAACUGCUCACUUCCAGGAUUUUAUGAACUCUGCAUUACGAAGAGACAAAAAAUGGUUACAACAGUCUGAAAGGCUGACCGAGAGCGAACGGUCAUCCGUUUAAGAACGUCGAUGUUCCUUCGUGUCUAACAGACUGAUACUUAAACAUAAAGAAGGGAAUGUCUUCUUUUUUUACAUAAUAUGUAUUAUUAUUACAUUUGUUUUGUUGUUUACAUCACUGUCUUGCUAGCACAGCACUACUGAUAUUUUGCCUCAAUUCAAGUUCAGCGUUACUCUGCGGUAUUAAACCAGUUCUAUCAUAUAGCAGGGCUAGCUGCUAUACUGGAUUUAGCAAUUACAACGUUGUAACACGGUCCUCGUCACUAAGACCUAAAUGAUAUGAAUAGCACUUGAAUUUGUUCCUGUGUGUCCAUUGUUCCUGUUAGGACAUGCGUUGUAAAUAUAACUUAAAGAUGAACAAUCAGAGACUUUAAAAUAAAGUGAUCUAGCAUUCAACAGAA